CUUUGCUGUGCACCCGGUGGCCACAGGGCAGCAGAGAGAAGGGCAGAGCUGCCACCAUGGCGACACACUUCUCCCAUCCCCAGCGGCGCCCUCCACUUCUGCGCCAGGCCAUCAAGAUAAGGCGCCGCAGGGCCAAAGACCUGCAGGAUCCCCCGCCCCAAACCACCCAGGAGGUCGAGCCUCCAUCCCACCACUUCUCCCCUGAGGAGCGGAACCUGCUAUAUGAGGAAGCCCUCUAUACGGUCCUGCACCGCCUGGGUCAGCCAGAGCCCAACCAUGUGAAGGAGGCCUCAGAGCUCCUUCGAUACCUGCGGGAGGCUUUCCAGGUUCAGCCAGCAGAGCACCAGCAACUACUGCAGCAUGUCCGGGAGCUCGAGAAGCCAGUAUUUUGUCUGAAGGCAACAGUGAAACAGGCCAAAGGCAUUCUGGGCAAGGAUGUCAGUGGGUUCAGUGAUCCCUACUGCCUGCUGGGCAUCGAGCAGGGGGUGGGCAUGCCAGAAGGCAGCCCCGUGUCCCGACGUCGGCAGAAGGCUGUCGUGAGACACACCAUCCCUGAGGAGCAGACUCACCGCACCCAGGUCAUCAGCCAGACGCUUAAUCCUGUCUGGGAUGAGACCUUUAUCUUGGAGUUUGAAGAUAUCACCAAUGCCAGCUUUCACUUAGACAUGUGGGACCUGGACACCGUGGAGUCUGUUAGACAGAAGCUUGGGGAACUCACAGAUCUGCAUGGGCUCCGAAGGAUCUUUAAGGAGGCUCGGAAGGACAAAGGCCAGGACGAUUUUCUGGGGAACGUGGUUCUGAGGUUGCAGGACCUGCAUUGCCGAGAGGAUCAGUGGUAUCCUCUGGAGCCCUGCACUGAGACCUACCCGGACCGUGGCCAGUGCCACCUCCAGUUCCAGUUCAUCCACAAGCGGAGAGCCACCGUGGCCAGCCGCUCCCAGCCUAGCUACACUGUCCACCUCCACCUUCUGCAGCAGCUGGUAUCCCAUGAAGUCACCCAGCACCAGGCAGGCAAUACUUCUUGGGAUGCAUCAUUGAGUCCUCAGGCCACCACCAUCCUCUUUCUCCAUGCCACACAAAAGGACCUCUCUGACUUCCACCAGUCCAUGGCGCAGUGGCUAGCCUACAGCCGUCUCUACCAGAGCCUGGAGUUCCCCAGCAACUGCCUGCUGCAUCCCAUCACCAGCAUGGAGUACCAGUGGAUCCGGGGCAGGCUCAAGGCCGAGCAGCAAGAGGAGCUGGCAAGCUCGUUCACCUCCCUUCUGGCUUAUGGACUCUCCCUCAUACGGAAGUUCCGCUCAGUCUUUCCGCUCUCUGUCUCCGACUCCCCAGCUCGACUGCAGUCUCUUCUCAGGGUCUUGGUGCAGAUGUGCAAGAUGAAGGCCUUCAGAGAACUGUGCCCAGACAAUGACCCGCUACCCCAGCUGGUUUCUGAGGCCCUGCGGGCUGGCACAGUUGAGUGGUUCCACCUGAAGCAACAGCAGCACCAGUCCGUGGUUCAGGGCAUGCUGGAGGCAGGCAAGGCCUUGCUGAGCUUGGUGCAGGAUGUCAUGGGAGACCUACACCAGUGUCGUCGCACAUGGAACAAGAUCUUUCACAAUGUCCUCAAGAUUGACCUUUUCUCCAUGGCUUUCCAGGAGCUGCAGUGGCUGGUAGCCAAGCGGGUGCAGGGCCACACGGAGGCAGUGGGCAGCUCCAUGUCCCCGGAGAUGGGGGAAAGUCUCUUCCAGCUCUAUGUCUGCCUCAAGGAAUUCUGUCAGUUGGGCCCGGUCUCCUCAGACAGUGAUGGAGUCAUGGCUCUGGAUGGUUUCCACCUCUGGUUCCAGCCUGCCAUCCCUUCCUGGCUGCAGAAGACCUACAGUGUCGCCCUGGAGCGGGUGCAGCGCGCAGUGCAGAUGGACUCGCUGGUGCCCCUGGGUGAACUAACCAAGCACAGCACCUCUGCUGUGGAUCUGUCCACCUGCUUUGCCCAGAUCAGCCACACCGCCCGGCAGCUGGACUGGCCUGACCCAGAAGUGGCCUUUAUGAUCACGGUCAAGUUUGUGGAGGACACCUGCCGGCUGGCCCUGGUGUACUGCAGCCUUAUAAAGGCUCGGGCUCGUGAGCUCUCUAAGGGUCAGAAGGACCAGAGUCAGGCAGCCAAUAUGCUGUGUGUAGUGGUGAAUGACAUGGAGCAGCUGCGGCUCGUGAUUGGCAAGCUGCCCACUCAGCUGGCAUGGGAAGCCCUGGAGCAGCGGGUUGGCGCUGUGCUGGAGCAGGGGCAGCUGCAUAAUACACUGCAUGCCCAGCUGCAGGGCGCAUUGGCUGGGUUGAACCAUGAGAUCCGUACCGGUGUCCGUACCUUGGCUGAGCAGCUGGAGGUGGGCAUUGCCACACGCAUCCAGAAACUCAUGGGUGUCAAGGAAUCUGUUCUGCCUGAGGAUGCCAUUGUGCCACUGCUGAAGUUCCUGGAGGUGAAGCUUUGCUACAUGAACACCAACCUGGUGCAGGAGAACUUCAGCAGCCUUCUGACCCUGCUCUGGACCCACACUCUCAAGGUGCUAGCGGAGGCAGCCGUCUCCCAGCGUAGCUCGUCCCUGGCCUCUAGCAGGCUGAAGGUUGCCCUGCAGAACCUGGAGAUCUGCUUCCAUGCUGAGGGUUGUGGUCUGCCACCAGAGGCCCUGCACACAGCUACUUUCAAGGCUCUGCAGAAGGACCUGGAGCUGCAAGCAGCCUCCAGCCGGGAGCUCAUCCAGAAGUACUUUCGUAGCCGAAUCCAGCAGCAGGCUGAAACCUCCUCUGAGCAGCUGGGCGCAGUCACAAUCAAGGCCUCCUACCGUGCCUCCGAGCAGAAGCUGCGUGUUGAGCUGCUCAGUGCCUCCAGCCUGCUGCCUCUGGACUCGAAUGGAUCCAGUGACCCCUUUGUCCAGCUAACCCUGGAGCCCAGGCAUGAGUUUCCUGAGCUGGCCCCCCGGGAGACCCAGAAGCACAAGAAGGACCUUCACCCACUGUUUGAUGAGACCUUUGAAUUCCUGGUGCCUGCUGAGCCGUGCCGCAAGGAUGGGGCAUGUCUGCUGCUCACUGUGCUAGACCAUGACACGUUGGGAGCAGAUGACCUUGAAGGAGAGGCCUUCCUACCACUAUGUAGGGUGCCCGGAUUGACAGACUGUGAGGAGCCUGGAGAAGUACCUCAGAUUCGACUGCCUCUCACAUAUCCUGUGCUCAUUGGGGAUCCAAUCCUGCAGCUACUGGAGAGUCGGAAGGGUGAUCGCGAGGCGCAGGCCUUUGUGAAACUGCGAAGGCAGCGAGCCAAGCAGGCCUUCCAGCACACCCCACGCCCCAGGCAGUAGGAGUGGGAGGCUAGGACAGCAUGCUCUGUGGCUGCACUAAAAGCCUGGGGUCUUCCCUGCCACAAUGUGGCCCUCCAGCCUGGUGUAGCUUGGAAGCCCAGCAGUCAGAAGGCUCACUGUGCAGACGCUCCUGCCGGAGCAGCUCGCGGUGAUGGAGCAGCAUCAAUGCUAAUCCACUCCUUGCCCAUCCUUGCGACUGGCCUCAGCUCUGCCACAGCCCAGCAUCUCCUAGUCCUGCCGCCACCCUGCAAAAAGCUGUUCUGUGGGACACGGCCCAGGGCCAUCUGCCCCCGGGAACUGUGUUCCAGCUUCUGGAAUGGAGCCCAGGGCUGUGUGAACAAAGAAAGGAUACUACCAAAGCUGCCUGGGAGAAGGGUGGUGGCCACUACUAGAGGGAGCUGGGAAUCAGGGACAGUGGCUCUGGGAGGGCAGCUGGCAGGCAGCACGGCUGGCACAAAUAGAAACAGAAAGGACAGUUUUACUGUCUGAUGAGAACACCUCCUCCCUCAGAUGGCACCUGCCAACUAGAACUGUUCUUAGUGAAAAUAAAAAAUAAACAUUG